AUUUCGGUAUAUUCUGAGGGUUGGUCACACUAGUCACACUGGUAACAACAAAUUAACACGGAACAUUUUGUAACAACAAAUUAACACGGAUAAACACCUGGGCCAAAGUUAAUUCGUUGCCAAACGAGCCAGCAAAGCGCUAAAGCAUACAAAUACCAUGGGCGAACAACCGAUUUUCACCUGCCAGGCGCAUGUUUUCCAUAUUGAUCCCAAGACGAAACGCACCUGGAUCACAGCCAGCAUGAAGGCCGUGAAUGUGAGCUUUUUUUAUGAUAGCUCACGGAAUCUGUAUCGCAUCAUAAGCGUCGAGGGCACCAAGGCGGUGAUCAACUCCACCAUCACCCCGAACAUGACAUUCACACAGACCUCCCAGAAGUUUGGCCAGUGGAGCGAUGUGCGUGCAAACACGGUGUAUGGCCUGGGCUUUGCCUCCGAGGCAGAGCUAACAAAGUUUGUUGAGAAAUUCCAGGAGGUGAAGGAGGCCACCAAGAAUGCCAUGAAAUCGGCAAAUGGCUCGAAUGCGGUCACGCCCACCACAUCGGCCAAUACUUCGCCCAUUUCCGGAAGGGCCAUUGGGGCAAUGCAAAACGAUAAUACUGCCAUCGAUCCGCACACCGUGGAGCCGCCAAAUAUGAGCAAUACAAACACACAGAACGCCAACCCGGACAGUCCCUCCCACAAGCUGCUGAACACCAGUGACGGCAAGCCGGAUAUUGGCUCGGCCACGUCCUCACCACAGCCCACUAACGUAGGAGCAGGCGAUUUAAGAGGCGGCGGCGGUGGCGGUGGUGUGACCAUCUCCUCGGGCGGCAGCAUUGUGGGUAUGCAUACGGGACCCGGAGCGGGCGCCACAGCCGAGCAGCAGCUGAAAUACGAGAACGAACGCCUGAAAAUGGCACUGGCACAAAGCUGUGCCAAUGCCAAGAAAUGGGAAAUCGAGCUGGCGACCUUAAAGAACAACAACGUACGCCUGACCAGUGCAUUACAGGAAUCUACGGCCAAUGUGGACGAAUGGAAGCGUCAGUUGCACACCUACAAGGAGGAGAAUAUACGUCUAAAGCGUGAAAUGGAUCUGAUGCGUGUGGGCGGUGGUGCUGGAGCUGCGGCUGCUGCAGCUGCUGGGGGAGCCACAGAAGAUGAGCUGCGUCGCGAAGUGGCUGCUUUGAAGGCGCGCACGGAGCAACAGCAGGCCGAGCUGCUGCAGCAGGAACUAGAGCUUAAGACGGUGAAUCUAACCCUAAGGGAAAAGUGCAAUGAUCAGACUCUGGCAAAACUGAGCGAACUGAAUGUGUUGUUUGCCAAGCAGCUGUCGGAGCUGUAUGCCGUGCAAAAGGAUAUGGAAAAUGUCAUACAUCCCGCCAAGUGCACUUGAGACACAGAGUCGGGGGUUAAAAGAAAGGUUUCAGCGCAGGAACAGACAAUGGCAAGCAAAACUACAACGACAUCAUCGACCACCACCACCACUACAUCAGCAACCACAACUAGUAAACGUUAUCUAAGCAAUUUUCUUAUGGCCGAGGCCGAGAGCACGCUCUCGAAUGUCACCUCGAUCCACACCCAGCUGCAGUCGUCGCUGUACGAGACCCAGAACACGGCACAGCUGAAAGCCCUCGACAAGCACUCGGCAUUGCUGCAGGAGCUGCACCAACGACAGGCGGCACCGCGACGCCGCAGCAGCAGCUCCGUGGCCGCCAGUGAAGCAGCUGUCGCCGCCGCUGCCGCUGCCGCUGCGGAGGCUGCCGAAGCCGCCUCUGGUGGGGGGGCAAAAACUGCCACAAUACUCGUAUCGAAAUCAAAAACUAAAACCGGGCUGCCCCUGUUGCUGAAAAAUUCCAUUAACAAUUAGAGAAAAUCGAAGCGAACGGAAGGAAGGAAGGAAGGAAGGAGAAAGAAGAAAUUAUGUAGUCAGGCGGCAUUUUUGUAAUCUUUAUAUAUUGGUAGUUUGUAUACAAAAAGAAAGGCGAGAAAAACGUCAAAACGGAAACAAGGCACGCACCCCCCUUUAUGUAAUUGUAACCCCCAUGCCCCGCCACUCAAAUCGUUGUGGGCUUGGAUUUCGUCAUUUGUAUGUAUAGCGUAUUUUUUGUGCCCCCCACAACCACCCCCAACCCCAACCCCAGUAUUUUCGAAUCGUCUCAACUUUUUUAAAAGAAAUUUGAUUCAAUUCUCGUGCGCGAAUAUUCCCAGUGCAAUACUCGUAUUUAUGCAAUAUAUAAACAACAAUGAUAUUAUAUGUAUGUAUGUAUGUAUGUGCUCUACACACUUUCAGCUAAUUGUUAAUUAAUUUUUAAUGAGAGCUUGACAAUGAAAACAUCUGCCCAAAAACCCAAACUCAUUUCACAAAGAAAUUCUAUCGAACAAAGCGACUGGCAUUUUAUUUUGUAAAUGUGCUCGAAAAAUGUAUUCGUGUUUUUUUUUUAUAUGUAGUAUUUUUAGACGAAACUUUGUAUUGUAUUUUCGAAAAACGCUAGGCAAAAACCCUAUUUAAAUAUUUAUUUAUUGUAUUUUUUGUGUAUUUUAAACUGUAUUCGAAACACCCCUCCAAUCAUCAAUUUAUUGCAAUUUAUACUGAUAAUUUCCACUAAAAUUAUACAUAAUACUACUAUAUAUAUAAAAAUAUAUGAAUUUAACGUAUGUAUAACUAAACAAUGACUUAGACGACGAAACAUACUAAAAGAAGGCGUAAAAACGGAAACCAUUUAUGGUCUAUGAAAAGUAAAGAGAAUUUUAUAAAUGAAUGAACGCGGGAGACACAAAGUCCCAGUAAAUAAACGAACAAAAAAACACCUAGCAAAGUAAUUUAAACGAA